CCAGCGCGUCGUCGACGGGACGCGGAGCGCGGCCGGUGGUUUCUGUGGCCGGUCGGCGUUCGCUCGCUCGGCUCUUCGCCCCCCGCCCCGACGAGGCGUCCGUGGCCGGGCUUCCGCAGUCAUGCUGCGGUCGGCGAGGCUCGCGCGACUCCUCUGAGUCCGGGAACGGCGGCGAGCACGGCGGGCUCGGGUCGCCAUGCCUACCCCAGGCCACAGGAUCACAAAGCAGGAAGAUGAACUAGAAAACAGUCUUGCAACAUGAAGGACUAUGUUCAGGUGCCUGCAGCCGAGCUGGAGAAACCUUAUGAAUUUACUUCACCAAGAGAGUCAUCCACAUGUCUUUACCUGAGAGUGUGUUGCUGCUGCUCCGCUUUGCGUCCUCGCUACAAACGCCUGGUGGACAACAUAUUCCCUGAAGAUCCAAAAGAUGGCCUUGUUAAAGCUGAUAUGGAGAAACUGACAUUUUAUGCAGUGUCUGCACCAGAGAAGCUUGAUCGAAUAGGUGCCUAUUUGGCAGAAAGGCUGAGCAGGGAUGUUGUCAGGCAUCGUUCUGGAUAUGUUCUAAUAGCUAUGGAAGCAUUGGACCAGCUUCUUAUGGCCUGCCAUUCUCAGAGCAUCAAGCCAUUUGUAGAAAGCUUCCUUCAUAUGGUAGCAAAGCUCCUGGAAUCAGGGGAACCAAAGCUUCAAGUUCUUGGAACAAAUUCUUUUGUCAAAUUUGCAAAUAUUGAAGAAGAUACACCAUCCUAUCAUAGACGUUAUGACUUCUUUGUAUCUCGAUUCAGUGCCAUGUGUCAUUCCUGUCAUAAUGAUCCAGAAAUACGAACUGAGAUCCGUAUUGCUGGGAUAAGAGGUAUUCAAGGUGUGGUUCGAAAAACAGUUAAUGAUGAACUUCGGGCUACCAUUUGGGAACCACAGCAUAUGGAUAAAAUUGUUCCGUCCCUUCUGUUUAACAUGCAGAAGAUAGAAGAAGUUGACAGUCGCCUAGGUCCGCCUUCCUCGCCCUCUGUAGCUGACAAAGAAGAGAACCCUGCAGUGCUGGCUGAGAGCUGUUUCAGAGAAUUGCUGGGCAGAGCAACUUUCGGAAAUAUGAAUAAUGCUGUUAGGCCAGUUUUUGCGCAUUUAGAUCAUCACAAGCUAUGGGAUCCUAAUGAAUUUGCAGUUCACUGCUUUAAGAUUAUAAUGUAUUCUAUUCAGGCUCAGUAUUCUCACCAUGUGAUCCAGGAAAUUCUUGGACACCUUGACUCUUGUAAGAAGGAUUCUCCACGGGUUCGAGCAGGUAUCAUUCAGGUUCUGUUGGAGGCUGUUGCUAUUGCUGCUAAAGGUUCCAUAGGGCCAACAGUGCUGGAAGUCUUCAACACCCUGUUGAAACACCUGCGACUCAGUGUGGAGCUGGAAGCCAAUGACAGCCAGCAGGGGUCUGAGGGCAGCAUCACCUUAAGUUCCAAGGACAAUGAUGAGAAGAUUGUGCAGAACGCUAUCAUCCAGACAAUAGGAUUUUUUGGAAGUAACUUACCAGACUAUCAGAGGUCAGAGAUCAUGAUGUUCAUCAUGGGAAAAGUGCCUGUUUUUGGAACAUCAACUCAUACUUUGGAUAUCAGUCAACUAGGAGAUUUGGGAACCAGGAGGAUUCAGAUAAUGUUGCUGAGAUCUUUGCUUAUGGUGACUUCUGGAUACAAGGCCAAGACAAUUGUUACUGCUCUGCCUGGGUCGUUUCUGGACCCUCUAUUAUCGCCAUCGCUCAUGGAAGAUUAUGAGCUGAGGCAGUUAGUCUUGGAAGUAAUGCACAACCUCAUGGAUCGCCACGACAAUAGGGCAAAGCUCCGCGGCAUCAGAAUUAUACCAGAUGUGGCUGACUUGAAGAUAAAAAGAGAAAAAAUUUGUAGACAAGAUACAAGCUUCAUGAAAAAGAAUGGGCAGCAGCUAUAUAGGCACAUAUAUCUGGGCUGCAAAGAGGAAGACAACGUUCAGAAAAACUAUGAGCUCCUUUAUACAUCCCUGGCUCUUAUAACUAUUGAAUUAGCCAAUGAAGAGGUGGUUAUUGACCUCAUUCGAUUGGCCAUUGCUUUACAGGACAGCGCGAUUAUCAAUGAAGAUAACCUGCCAAUGUUUCAUCGGUGUGGAAUCAUGGCACUGGUUGCAGCAUAUCUCAACUUUGUGAGUCAGAUGAUAGCCGUUCCAGCAUUCUGCCAGCAUGUUAGCAAGGUUAUUGAAACUCGAACUAUGGAAGCCCCUUAUUUUCUACCAGAGCAUAUUUUCAGAGAUAAGUGCAUGCUUCCGAAAUCGUUAGAGAAACACGACAAAAGUUUAUAUUUUCUGACCAACAAAAUUGCAGAGUCCCUUGGUGGAAGCGGGUACAGUGUGGAGAGGCUCUCAGUUCCUUAUGUGCCACAGGCGACAGAUGAAGAUCGUCUUUCUAGAAGAAAAAGUAUUGUGGAUACUGUAUCUAUUCAGGUGGACAUUUUAUCCAACAGUGUGCCUUCUGAUGAUGUGGUUAGCAACACUGAAGAAAUCACCUUUGAAGCACUGAAGAAAGCAAUUGAUACCAAUGGAAUGGAAGAACAGGAAAAGGAAAAGAGACGUCUUGUGAUAGAGAAGUUCCAGAAAGCACCUUUUGAAGAAAUAGCAGCACAGUGUGAAUCCAAAGCAAACUUGCUUCAUGAUAGACUUGCUCAAAUACUGGAGCUUACCAUACGCCCUCCUCCCAGUCCAUCUGGAACACUGACCAUUACUUCUGGGCAUGCUCAAUACCAGUCCGUUCCAGUCUAUGAGAUGAAGUUUCCAGAUCUGUGUGUGUAUUGACUGACUCAAUGAAAACUACAGCAUUUAAAAGAAUCUUAAAGCCUGAAAAACAAGGCCAAGAUAGUUUUCAGGAUUUGCAUAAUGCUUACUGACAUGUCCUGAAAUGUGAUGGCAUUUAUCUCUGACCAUAUACAUGUCAUUCUGUGUCAAAAGUUUAGGAACUCUGAUUGAGAGUACUUCUGAAGGUAAACAUGCCACGUUAAUUUGUUUUGAGGUUUCUGUUAGCGCUUAAGAUUGAACAUGUAUUGCUUUCACGUUAUGCCGUUGUUAAAUAGUAUGUUUUAAACUUUGCACAAACAUGAUUUUAAAAAAAAAAAGAUUGAAACUGUAUGAAGUGUCUGCUGAUUUCUUAAGCAUCUCCACAACCGCUUGCUUUUGUUUUGUUUUCUUCAAGAGUAAAUUUCUUCCUAAUUCUAGGGUUGCAAAUUCUUUCAUGCUUUCUAAAUCCAUGCUUCAGAGGACUGUGUAGCCCUCUCCCUUCAGUCCUCAGUAGUAAAUGUGGCAGGUAUUCCUAUGGUAGCAGCGGUAGGAAAAUCUCCUCAAUACUUGCCAGGCCUUACUGGUCUUGGGAUACUGUGUUUUCUGCUUCAAGUUGAGCCCUUGAGCCCCGUAGAGCUCACUCUUGGAGCACCAAAAGGUGCAGUGUUUUUCACGUAUAAUGUGUUAGUUUACAGACUGCACUUUGAAACUAUAGUUGUAUUUUGCUGUGACGCCAUUAAUUAAAUGAAAUAUAUAUUUACUAUAGAAAAGAAAGAAAUUUAAAACAGCUGUUCACCUGUGCAGAGCCUAUACAUUUCACUUUCUUUUAAAUGAAUGAAUUUUCAUUUUUAUAUUGUACAUUGUUUUAGGUUUUCAUAGUAAAAUAUUUCCCCAGUGAACCUUUUAAUUUGUAAGAUUUGAACCAAAACUUGUGUGUGUGUCUAUUGAAGAUGAGUUACAUACAUUCAAAACAGUGCAUGUGUUCUUGCUAAGGUCACUUAGCAGGAGUGUGAGACUGCAAGGACAGUGUGUGCUGCACAUGCUACUGAACACCACCUCAUGGUGAAAGUAAACCUUCUGCAAUUAGAAAAUUCUCUUAGCAGUUUUUAAAAUCAUUUCAUGUAAGUCUACUUUUUCCAUGUUCAGUUUCUUUUUACAUAAAACAGUAUUCCUAUCAAAAAUAAUAGCCCAAAAAUAAUUUGGCUUUAGUUCAGUUUUGUUUUUAAUGAAAUGAAAAACUGGACGUUUUAAAUGUGUGUUUGUGGUUAUUUGGACACCAUUCUUACGAACAGGAAUGAACAAGAAAGGAAAUGAACUUAGAAUGUCAUACCCAAAAUUUUGAAUAUUUACAGCAGAGUAAAAAUAUCUUGGAGAUGGGUCCAUUUGCUAAAACCUCUGACAGAACAGUCCAGGCUGCUGCUGAGGGCAGACUCACCAGACCUUGUCCUCAGAGGGACAGUGCAGCUGCCGCUGGAGGACCAGAGCCUGCUCCAGCUGUCACUGCCUGGUGGACUCCCUCACACUUAACGUAACCUGUCACCAGUUAAUAUUAAGCUUCGUGCAUUUUUGUUUCCCUUCUUUCUUCUGUAUUUUAAAAGAAGGCUAUUUUUGACUACAUUUAAAAUCUAAACAGGGGGACAUGCAAAAACAAUCAUCAUCCACUUGGAUGUCAUUUUAUAAAUUAACACUGUGUGCUUUUGUAUGGAAAAUAUAUAAUUUAAUAGUAUAAGAAAAAGAUAUAUUCACUUGCAUUCAUGCAAAACACAAGCUUUGCUCUAUAAAGUUUUGCAUUUCAUAGUGAUUUUAAAAAGGCAUGCUUUGCAUGUAAAGGAAAACCAUUGCAGUCUUUUGUUUUGGUUUUUAAUCAACCUUUUUCUUGGUUUUUGUAAGCUGUUGGUUUGGGUUUUGUUACUCUUAAACCACAGUACACGUCUGCAUCUAGUAGGUCCAGUAAACUGGUCUUGUUGACGAGGGUUCCCAAAACAUCCCGAUGGAUGUUUCUCUGUCUCACUCUUCCACAUUUGCAGGGAUUGCCCUUAGGCAGGUGUGCAAGCUGUGCUGCAGCUAGUUCAGGAACUGAAUCUUUAGGACUUGCUAAGCUCUAUAUUGGUAUAUUUUGUCAGGUACGUGAUACUCAAAUUGUUUAUUAUCUUUCUUGUCAUAUACAGCUGGUUAUAUUCUUCUGUGUGACACUGAACAGUUCAUUUAAAUGUCCCUCCUAUGCUUGUGAUGUCUGUGGCUGCUUAUAUAGUUUCACUGAACUUUACCUAAUCUUUCAUAGUCUUUCUCUCAUGUCCUUUCCUCUUUCUCCUCUCCCUCCCCCAACCCUCCUUUAGAACUCAUUAUCCUUUAGAGUAAAGCCACCUUCAACCAGCAGUUUAGCUCCCCACUCCCACAAAUGGAGCUCAUUUGUCUCACUAAUGCUGACACAUGUAUUGAUGUAAUUAAGUUUUUUAAAUGUAAAAUUUCAUUGUGCAAUCAAAUGUAAACAAUAAAACAGAAAUUGCA